GCAGUCUGCGCUCGACUCUUGUUCAGAUUGCAAAAUGCAUUGCACUCUUUAACCAACUAGAAAUAUGGAAUCCUCUCUAAUCCUCAAUCACGACGAUUCAUCCUCUGAACUUCCGGAAGAAUCCUUAGAUUUGGAAUACGAUGACUUUCCUUUGGAUUUAGUAGGCCUACCGACCUUCGAUUACAAUUCAGAUUCUUUCCAUAUAGACGAAGAAGACGACGUCUGGCAACCAAACAAAGUUCAAACUCCACUUAGAAGCUCCACUUCAGGAUAUCAAUCGAAUAGGAAUUCAUACUUAAGUUCAGUUUCAAAAAAUUCACAAAGGAAUUCUGUAGUGUCGACAAGUAUCCGAGAAGCUUAUGCUUUAGACAACGAUAUUGUUUUUUACAACAAUGACAUUCUUCGAACAGUACAAGACUCUAUAGGCCUGGAUACUGAUUCACGAACAUUAUUAGCUCCAAAAGUGGACAAUAAGGAUGAUUACGAAAUAACAGUGAUAACAGAAAACCGAAAUAGAAAAGGACAUUUUCGAUGUUUUACGAGAAUCGCUAAAUUUUUUUUAAAAAAAUACCAUCCGCUGCAAAAAGACUGUAGCAGAUUUGAAAAAGUUAAAUACCAGCUCAGAUUGCCGCCAACUGGAAAAUUAUCUCAUUUUCUCUACAUAAUUCUUUCUCUUACAAUUCAGUGGGCUUUGACUUAUAUUAUAUCACCUAGAGAGGCGGCGCCCGGAGGAAAUAUCUUUGCAAUUUUAGUUCUAAUUACUUCCUCAUGGGUUUUCUCAAAAGUGUUCAGGCUGUUGACUUUACCAGGAUUUCUCGGUAUGCUAACGGCUGGUAUAUUAAUUGGUAAUAUUCCAUUAUUAAAAAAUACGGUUUAUGAUGGCUUAAACAGAACCGUUAUUUCUAUAAUAAGGCAAAUGGCUUUGGCUUGUCUGCUGCUCAAAAUGGGACAAACGUUUGAUGUAGGAACGUUGAGAAAACUAACAUAUGCCGUUCUUCGUCUAGCAAUUUUUCCGGCUUUUAGUGAAAUUACGUUCGUUACUGUUACAUCCAAAUUUUUACUAAACUUUGGAUGGUUAAGAGCCGUUUUAUUAGGUACAAUUCUAUCACUAUCAAGUCCGUCAAUUAUCUUACCGACUUUAUUUAGAGUUUAUAAGAAAUGCUUAAAUAAACGUCAACAAAUAUCAAGUAUUUUAAUAGGAUCCUCAAACCUCGAUCAUUUGAUUAUCUGUGUAAUUUUAUCAAUUUUACUUGGAAUAACAUUUUCAGAGCAAAAAAAGCAUGCAUUAAUAAUACUAGAAGGACCCUGUGAACUCUUAAUUGGUUCGUUGUGCGGAAUGAUUGCUAGUGGUGUACUGGCCUAUUUACCUCAUAAAACGUCCAAAAAUUUGAUAAUUAAACGAUUUAUAAUUCUUUUUUGUGGUUGCUUAUUGAGCACAAUUGGAUGUCAACAAUUCUCUUUUUUUGGAGCUAGCCUUUCUUCCUGCUUUUUCCUGAGCUUUCUAUGCUCAUUCAUUUGGAAAAAUGAUAAUUGUAAAGAUCAUAAGAUAACAUUUAUGAGGCUUCAUGAGAAAUUUUCAUCCUUCAUACUUUUGAUACAAUUAUCUUUAAUUGGCGCUGAAAUUCGGUUGGAUGGUCUCAAAAAACAAAUCGGUUUAUCGACAUUAGUAGUUGUAGCAGGACUGAUUGGCCGUUUCCUAACUUCUCUCUUAUCUCUUGUAAAUUGUGGAAUAAAUUGGAAAGAAAGAAUUUUUAUAUCAUUAGCCUGGCUACCUAAAGCCGUUCGUCAUUCAAUCCUUGCUAUAAUGCUCAUCGAUAUAUCCGAUACGAAACGAUUUCCUUCUAUUGAAUCUGACAUACGAAAGAUAACUAAUACGUGCUUCCUCGGCGUCCUCUAUACUUCAUUACUUGGACCAAUUUUAAGUAUAACUGCCCCGUUUAUGUUGAGGAAAGCGCCUACUGGUAACAGAGCGGAAACUAAACAAAGCGUUGAAGAAGUUAUAAUAAACAGACAUACUGAAAAUGAACUUUUAACGGAGAAAGAAACAGUUACGUAACUUUUUAACCAAUUUUAAUCAUAAUAUAUACAAAGAAAAGAUUUUUUCAUUAACUAGUUAGAAUGAUCUAUAGGGAAUGAAUGAAAAUGCAGAGAAAGAGAAAUUGUGUUUAUAUUAUAUGUCAACACUAAAAGAUAGAUAUAGAAAUGAACAUUGCCAGAUGCUUUGAUUUGAAUCGAAAGCUUUUUCUUCACAAAAAGCAAAUAUUAUUAUCGCAAUAAACAAUAUUUAUCGUUCCAAUUCCAUGGUUACCACUUCAGAUCUUUUUGUAUAAGGAGAGACAUGAACAGUGAUAAGCUGUCCAGAAGGGGUUUUAGAUAGAGAGUGAGCAUGUAAUCUGAAGGCUGCCCCACUUUUAUCUACGGGUAUAAUUUGUGAAAUAGUUUGUGUUGAAGAUUGCAGACUGUAGAAACUCCCAGUGGAGGCUAUUAAGGCAUUUCCGAAUUUAUCCAUAAAAAGUCCUUUGGCUGAGGCAGGUAAUCUUGUAGUUUUCAGCAUAUCGCCGUCAUAGGAGUAGAUCCUUAAUUGUCUAUCACCAUUUCUGGGUUCAAAAGUCAAUCCGAUAUUACUACCUGCAAACAUAUACUUGUUAUUUGAAAUUUUUGAAAUUUUCAAUCAAUAGCUGGAAUAAAUAGUAAAUGAAGAUUUUGUCUUAAUAAUACUAAAUUGAAAAGAGGGAAUUAAGGAGAUCAGCUAUGAACCAUGAAAUUUUGUUAAACAAAAACUGAUUUAUAACAGACAAUCAAUAUAUCUAAUAUAAAAUUACCUUUCCAGUGGACACAUCUACAUCCAUAGUGCUUGCUUAGCAUGCACAAAUAAUAAAUAUAUAAGAGUAGGAAAUAUUAUAGUAUUAAACACUUACUCCUAAGGCAUUGGAUACACAGUAUUAUUAUUAAUAAAGAGGAGAUCAGCCUUAGCAGAGCGUACAAUAUUAUAUACUUAGAACAUUCAAGUCACGAAGUAUUUUAUUAUGCUUUAAACUAAUGGCCUAUUCUUUUAGCUAAAAAUAACAAAUCUAUAGCUUACCUCCAACAGCUAAAUUAAAAAACUCUGGUAAACUUCCUAAAGGAAAAUUUCGUAAUUUGCUUCCAGAUUCAUCGUACACACAUAGCGCAUGACCUUCAGUUACCACAUAACAUCCAUUGAUGUCUAUCGAUAAUCCACGUAUGCCCGAUCCAAUAGGAAAAUGACUCAAACAAUUCCAUGAUUGAGGAGAAUAUAUUUUCAAAGAAUUUUCAAUAGCUACAGCUAUAUUACCUGAUUCAUUAACUAAAAUACCAACUGGGUAGUUGAUUUCGGUUGACAGAACUCUUUGCUGAAAUUUUCCAGACCUGUCACAAAUCCACAAGCCGGAAUUCUCAGCAUCUGCAAUAACUAUCUUUCCAUUGGAUAAAAAUGCUAAACCACAAGGUUCUUUAAUAUAACUGGUAGUUUUAAAUUUUGAUACUAUUCUCGCAGUCUGGGGAGGAACCCUUUGGGCUAUUUCCGGCUUAGGAAAGCUUUGUAGGGAUAUUGUUGAUAUGCUUCUUGCUGGGGGUAGAGAUAUUUCCCUUCGAGAGGAUAUUUCUCUCGGGAGUGGUAUACCUGAAUCAAUAUCUUCAGAUUUUUUUAAUCCCUCGUAUACCUUUUUUCUUUUUCUCGGAGUGGUUUUAGGCGCGGCCUUAACAAUAGGAACUUUCGAGGAUCUCUUUAUAGAAUCUAAUUUAUUCGGCUUAGCAUCUUGAUUAAUAGUCGGCAGUAAGUUCAUUUUAGGAUUAUUUUCUACUUUACCUAAAGUUUGAUUGUUCAAAAAUAUAAUAGACGGGCCACUGAACUCUUUUCUAUCCAAAGCUUUGGGACUUUGAAAGAUUUCAGCCUGCUGGGAGACACGUAAGGCUGUAGCUAUAAACUUCUCUUGGGAUAACUUAUCGUUUCCUUUACGACUUGCGAAAUCUUGGACUUUUUUCAACUCCUGCCAUUUUGUUUUAACAACUUUUUUCCUAUCACUGACUUUUUCUAGCUUAGAAUCUAAGAAAGAAUCUAAGUCUUGUUCAAGUUUCUCGUGUUGAGAUCUAAUUGUUUGCUGUAGUUGAAUAACGUGAGCAUUCAAAGCUAUCUUCUUCUCUUCCCUUAUCUCUUCUAUAUUUAUUUCUAUCUUCUGUAACCAUUCUAAUUCUUCGGAUAGCGUGGCUGAUAUUCUUGAAAUUUUUGCCAUAACUUUACGAAGGGCAGCUUCACAUUCAGCAAUUUUUUCAUUUAAAUCGACAAUAUCAUGGUUCUUGUGCUCAAUCAUUGUACAAUUGACGCAAAUCAAUUGAGAACACUUCUCACAAAAGUAUCGAACUUCAGCGAAAUCGUGUUUGGAACAAUUUUGUUCUACUUUCUUUUCUGAUUUCGGUACAACAUAGUGAUCAGCUGUUACUUUGGUCGUUCGAUGUUGAUCGCUGCAUAUUUUGCAGAGAGGCAUUGAACAGUCUGAACAAUACAUUGGAGCAGACUUUCUUUUGUUCUUUAGCCGACAAAUCUGGCAUAGUCCAUCGAAGUCAACUAUAUCCGAGGAGUUUAGCGAUUUACUCAUAGCUACUAGCUCCUAAAGACUAUCAAAAUAUUACUUCUUCGACUAAUCUCCCCUAUUAUGGGUGGUAGUAUUAAUCCUGAUUUAAUCUCUGAUCAUACACUCCUUCAUAACCUAAGUGGACAAGGUUAAUUUCCUUAAAGCAUACACUACUACAAGUAUCGAGAAUGCCAAAAUCGAUAUUGAAAAUCUCUGAUAUUGAUCUGCUGUUUAUCAAUACAUAACAACCGAUAACGAUAAGUAAACAUUGAAAUUUUGACGAAACUAAGUUUUCCCUAAAAUAGAUAUACUAUAUUUGUUUAAUAGUUUAAGCAACAGGGCACGAAUUCUUUAGCGGAAAACAUUCUAUCCCUGGUAACAUAUGGUCCAUUUUAUCAUAGUCUCUUUUUAUAUACAAAGUAUAUUUACUUGAAGAUCAAUCCAGAUCGUAAAUUAACCUUUAAAUUUCGUUAUUUUACAAUCAGAAAGCUUUUAAAAAGUCAACAUUGUAAUAUUUGAACUUAGGUAUCAAGUCAACUUGAUUUUGACCAGUAUAAGAAUUCUAUGUAAACGUAUAAAUUGUAUUAUACUAAGAAAAUAUCACUUUAUCAUGACUUGAUACGUUUAGGGUGCAAUUUUUUCUUUUUUACUAAUUCAGAUAAAAAUUUUCAAUUUUCAUCGAAUAUUUUACCACAAAUAUUUUGAUUUCUCAGAUUUUAUAAAAACUAUAGCUAAAAGUAAGAGUAUUAUCAGGCCAAGUGGUAUAUACAUUUGAAAGAUUUUUCUUCUUUCAGUGGCCGAUAGAUGGCCUACAGACUUUUCUUACAUUUUAUAAAUAGUAGUUCCUUUCUUCUAAGAACAUUGGUUUUACUCCAAAAUUGUGUUCUCUACAAUUAUUGUACAAAGAAUUCGUUUCAAUAUCUAUAACAUAAUCCUGUAAACUUUCUUCUCCUUUGUAACACUAAACCUCAAUUUUAAGAAUUCGUAAGAAGCAUUAUACUUACGAAAAUGAAUAUUUAAAAUAUA